AGUUCACUUGGGCCAGACUGGCCAGACCCUGAGGGGUCUCAGUUAACCUAGAUUCAGGCACUGCACAAUCACAUGCCCUCUUCUCUUAGAGGUUAUCACCAAUAAUCACUGAUCCCCGGACCAACGUGUUCAAACCCUUCAUUUUAUGGAGCAGGAAACUGGCCCACAUCCAGGAGAAGAGACUUGCCCUAACGGAGGAAACUGAGGAUCGGAGAAGGGAAAUACUUUGCCCACCGUCACCCAGAGAGUUAGUGGGGGAGACAAGACUGGAAUCCAGGCCACCCGGCUUCUGGUCCCUUGUACUGUUCUGCCUCCUAGAUAUCCUGUUCUGACCCUGACUGGGAAGCAUUUCAGCCUAGGAGGAUCAGGUCCCUAGCCUACCAUGUCUUUGCUACAUGGCCCUCUGUGCCUUGUUGGUAUUCUCUUCUUGGGGAGCCAGAAGGUGGAUGCUCUGGUGCUUCCCAAUACCACUCUGGUGCUGACCCAGCCUGGGGCCAUGCACUCUGGGCUGGCCCUAGGUCUGUCCGUGACCAGGCCCCGAAGGAAGCGACAUAUCUCAGCCCGAGACAUGAACGCACUCCUGGACUAUCACAACCGCAUCCGGGCACGGGUGUAUCCACCUGCCGCCAACAUGGAGUACAUGAUCUGGGAUGAGCAGCUGGCCAGAUCAGCUGAAGCCUGGGCAUCACGGUGUAUCUGGGAACACGGGCCCCCACAGUUGAUGAAAUUCUUGGGCCAGAACCUCUCCAUUAAUUCUGGACGGUACCGAUCAGUUGUGGAUCUAGUAAAGUCUUGGUCAGAAGAAAAGCAACACUACUCAUUCCCCAACCCGAGAGAGUGCAGUCCCCGUUGUCCUUGGCACUGUAGUGGCCCAGUGUGCACCCACUACACUCAGAUGGUGUGGGCAUCCUCCAACCGGUUGGGCUGUGCUCUCCACACCUGCAAAAACAUCAGUGUUUGGGGGAACCCCUGGCGCCAGGCUGUAUACCUGGUGUGCAACUAUGCCAUCAAGGGCAACUGGAUCGGGGAAGCUCCAUACAAGAUGGGGAAACCCUGCUCGGCCUGUCCCCCCAGUUAUGGUGGCAGCUGCAACAACAACAUGUGUUUUGCUGGGCUCCGAUCCAACCGACUUAUCUGGUUCUAAUCACUCCAGGGCUGGGGCAGCAUCCUGGAUCUAGGCUUCCCAGACAGGGCAGGCCAAGCCACCCCUCCAGCAGGGUCACACAUGACCCAAAAGACUAUAUAGAGUAGAAUAGUUAUUUAUAUUGGGGAGAUCACCUCUGGCUGUCCACAGCCCACCCCACCUCUCCACCCUAGGCCAGUCCUCCCCUUUGGGACUUUAUUCCAGAAGUCCUGGCAGAGACCAAGUAGAAAACAGCAUCAAUAUCUUUCUGCUUUCCAGUUAUGCUGCUGCUUUUUCUCCUUUGGGUGCAUCAUAGCUCUGCUGAUUCUUUCCAAUUCUCAUCUCAGGUUUACCCAAUUUUUAAGAUGGUCAGGUCUAGAAGGGACCUUAGAGAUCAUCUAGACCAGUGGUCCCAACUUUUUAUAUUCCUUAAAGCCCUUUCAACAACAAGAACAAGAAGUAAUUUAAUAUGUUAUCCAUGACACUCUGCAAUGAUUUACUGCUUAAGAUGCCAUUGAAGAAUUUAGCUCAGAUCUCUCAGACCACCAAUGAAAAUCCCCUAAGGGUUCAUGAACCACUAAAUGGGAACCACUGAUUUAAUCCAACCCCCUCAUGAACAGGAAAAUGAGGCCCAAAGAGAAGUUACUUUUCCAAGUGGCAGGGCCAGGAAUAAAACUCAGCUCUCCUGAAAAAUCAAAAACCUAAGUUGGGGGAGUGAGGACCCCAGAUUUAGGGCUGAAAGAGACUUUUGCAGCCACUUUCCUCCAAUCCAACCUUUUCCCUAUAUUCAUAAAACAAGGAGACUGUGAUUUAUCUAAUGUCACACAGGUAGUAAGGAGCUGGAAUUUGAACCCAGGUCUUAUGACAAAAUCAAACAACUUUUCUACUACAUCAACUCCUUAGGUAAUGUCUUUCUCUCUGCCCCUUCCUAGCCAUAAGCUUUUCUCCUGCCUGCCUCACUACAAUGAUGAGAGUGGGGAUAUGGUUGCCAAGUCAACAGCCCACUUCUAAGCAGAAAUAGUUGUCAUUUCUUUCAGACAUUCCUCCACAUAGAUGGACAAAUUUGGAACUGCUCAGCAAGAGCUGGGAUAUAAAGUGAGAUGGGGAAGAAAAAUCCCAAGGGGAAGAAACAGACAUGGGAAAUGGCACCCCCAGGUCUUUCCCUUCUUACUAGAGUACUCCUAUAUUCCACAAAACACCCAUAGACCAUAGUCAGUCCCAACUCAUCAAUCCAACCCUAGCUAAUGGGUGAUCAACUUAUGCCAGGAACCUUUAAGUGCCAUCCAAAGCUUAUUGUCCUCACAAUGAUGGGAGUUUUUCCGGAGUUUCCUCAAUAAAGAG